AUAUGACUCGCGCAGAUAAAGACGCGUCGCGUCGCGUCGCGUCGCUCAGGGAGGCGGUGAGAUUGCGAGAUGUGUCCAUCGCAGGAGCGCACUUUGAACUGAGACCCGCAAUAACAGUCGGGUCUUUGAGGCUCAGUGUCACGGUGAACAACAGUCUGAGCACCCUGUGCUGAGAAAAGCAUGAAUUCAUUGGAAACGACCGUCUACUGUUGAAGAACUGACCGCAGACAGAACAUUCUGGAGGCAUGUUCAGUCCUCUGAGCGGUAAGCAGCAGCCGGCUGGGCCGGGCCUCACAGAUCUGCAGCAGUACAGUCAGUGGCUGGCCAGCAGACAUGAGGCCAGUUUGCUGCCCAUGAAGGAAGACCUGGCGCUCUGGCUCUCUAGCAUGCUGGGUGUGGAAAUCACAGCCGAGAGCUUCAUGGACAGGUUAGAUAAUGGUUUCCUGUUGUGUCAGCUGGCUGAGACGCUGCAGGAGAAGUUCAGGCAAAAUGACCCCGAUGUGGAUUCACCAGGAAAGUCGAUUCCCAGUCGCAGGAUUCCCUGCCGAGCCAGUGCUGCAUCUGGUUCCUUUUUCGCCAGGGACAACACAGCCAACUUCCUGUCAUGGUGUCGAGAGGUGGGUGUGGACGACACCUGCUUGUUUGAGUCAGAUGGGCUUGUUUUACACAAACAGCCAAGAGAGGUUUGUCUAUGUCUUCUGGAGCUGGGAAGAAUAGCAUCAAGGUAUAAGGUCGAGCCACCUGGACUUAUAAAGCUGGAGAAAGAGAUCGAACAGGAAGAGAAGACACCUGAACCUCCGCUCUCACCUGUACCUCCCACUUCCAAUUCUCAAUCUCCAUCUGUUUCUCCAUCUGUCUCUCCAUCCAUCUCUCCAUUCAACAAGACCAACUCCAGCAAAAAAAGCACCGGCAAGCUAUUGGAUGAGGCUGUGAAGCACAUUUCUGAAGAUCCACCCUGUAAGUGCCCAAAUAAGUUCUGCAUAGAACGACAAUCACAAGGCCGUUACCGUGUUGGAGAGAAAAUGCUUUUCAUCAGAAUGCUGCAUAAUAAACAUGUGAUGGUGCGAGUUGGUGGUGGCUGGGAGACGUUCGAGAGCUACCUGCUGAAGCAUGACCCGUGUCGCAUGCUCCAGAUCUCUCGUGUAGAAGGCAAGAUCUCGCCCAUCUCCGGCAAAUCUCCCAACAUUAAAGACCUCGCGCCCGACAGCUACCUGGUAGUGGCGGCCCACUACAAAAGCAAGAAGUAA